AAGGAGCAGCAAGCAGCUACACUUUACGUCCCCUUUACUUCCUUUCCUCUUUUCACUUGUUUUCUGCCUAGUCGAUACCCCCCAACACUCGCGUUUACCCCAACAAUUGUGACUAUCGUUAGCCACUACAGAGUCAAGAUGAGCCAUUGCAGGAAGAGAUGCAAGCGACAGCUGACCAAAGUCUUUCGAUUUUUCUACCGCUUCCUCACAGGGACACUCGAGAAAGACAGCGUAGAAGACGACUUUGAGUUGUCUACUGUGUGCCAUCGACCAGAGGGUCUGGACAAACUACAGGAGCAGACCAAGUUCACCAAGAAGGAACUACAAGUUCUCUACAGGGGCUUCAAGAAUGAGUGUCCAAGUGGAGUGGUGAAUGAGGAAACCUUUAAAACCAUCUACUCUAAAUUCUUCCCCCAGGGUGAUUCGGGUGCGUAUGCACAUUUCUUGUUUGAGGCCUUUGACACUAACAAGAAUGGAUCAGUUAGUUUCGAGGACUUUGUGAUUGGUCUGUCUAUCAUUCUGAGAGGAACGAUAAAUGACCGGCUGAACUGGGCCUUCAACCUGUACGACCUGAACAAAGAUGGCUGCAUCACCAAAGAGGAGAUGAUGGAUAUAAUGAAGUCUAUCUAUGAUAUGAUGGGGAAGUACACAUAUCCCUGUAUGCAGGACGAGGCGCCCAGAGAACAUGUGGAGAGCUUCUUCCAGAAAAUGGAUCGUAAUAAUGAUGGGGUGGUCACUAUUGAUGAGUUCAUCGAGUCAUGCCAAAAGGAUGAGAACAUCAUGCAGUCCAUGCAGCUGUUUGACAACGUCAUCUAGGAGCCUCUGACAUAGAAAAGUUGCUGAAGAACAGGGGAGGUGUGAGUGUGCGCCUGUAUUUGUGUGUUUGUGCGUGUUGUGGGGGGGGCUCUGAGAGGGGCUUGGACAUUGACCCUCAGCCCCCCCAAAAAAAAUCCUGACACCUCCUUCUAACUCCUUUCUCUCCGCACCCACUCCAAGCCAAAAGAAGGCCCCUCCUCUUAUCCAACCUUUCACACACAGAAAAGAGAAGGGCUGGCUCAUAGACUCUGACCCACACCCACACCAAGGACCUGUUCAGGAAUGUGCAGCUUUACAGAAUGUUCAGAUAGAACAUUCUCAACAUAGGAUUAAAUCCCCCUACUCACUGAUCUAAGGUCAGUUUUGCAUAGCCCCAUGUGUUGUGCAGAACAGAUAUCAUUGCCAGUCGUUUGUAAUAAGGAGUCAAUCGUAUCAGCUCUAUUUGUCAAUCUGCAACAUUCGAGGCGAUUUUCCUCAUUGAAUACACUUGUUUCAUUAAUCAUUUUAUUAUUUAACACUCCUGUUUCUGAGAAAGCUACUGUAGCCUGCUGGCUGGACUCAACAUAGGAUUAAAUCCCCCUACUCACUGAUCUAAGGUCAGUUUUGCAUAGCCCCACCUAAUGGUUAAGGUUACGGUCAGGAGUGGUUCAGCGGAUCCUAGAUCUGUGGAUGCCAACUCCUACCAGAGCAGGUUGACUGAUGACACUUCUGACAUUAAUACAGAGGUAACUAGCGCCACUUAGUGGACAAAAGGAGGAAAGGACACCUGGAAAAGGGACAACAGAACAGAAGGGACUGAGGAUCUGAAGGAUGAGACUUACUCUUCACGAACAGAAGAGGCAUAGUUGUUUUCAAUAAGGGACUGAUUUUAAUAUCGCAUGAUGAUAUCUUUCAUAAUAACCUAUAUAUAUUUACAGAAAUACUACAGCCUGUCUGUUGUCUGUCUGCUGGUCCUAGUCUCACCCACAGAUGCCUCGCUCAGUGUAUGUGUGUGUGCGUUUGUGCAUGCGUGUGUACGUAUUUGCGUGCGUUUGAGAGGCUGUACUGGCAUUCCCGUCUCCGUUAGGAACCCAUUCAGAUUUCAACCCCAUCAUACGAGACCUCCUUCGUACUAACACUAAAUUACCCUCUGGCCUUUAUACCUGUUACCUUAGCUGUAGGUGUAUGCUGACUGUUGUACCUCUUCCAAUAACCCUGUGGUCAAGAACUACUAAACAGUCUGUGGCGCUAUAUUGAUGAACAUGCUGGUUGGACCAUCUAGGCACCCGAAGACCCCUUUCUGUAUUUACAGGUGACUAACUGAUGCAGUGAAUUGUGGGAAUUGAAGUUCAAAACUGUAACACUGAUUAUUUUGCAUUAUACUUAUCAUACAGUUGAAACUGAAAGCAUUUCUGUUUAGAUCGACCAUGAAAGACCAGCAACAUGUCAAGAACAAUUGAAUCUCCUUCAGAAUCCCAAUUAAGCCUCUUGUUACAUGUCUACGUGUGUGCGUGGGUAGGUGGGCAUGAAGACAGCAGUAAUGUUUCCUGCCUCCCCCCCCCCCCCCCACUGACACCAAAGAGUCAGGCACACCAACUAAAGUAUUUAAAGCCACCCUCUGUUAUAUCAGGGUAUAAAUAGACACAUUUGUGAAAUGUGAGAGAGGGAAGAGAGGAGAAGGAGCAGAAAGGAGAGUAGGAGUGUUUUUGUGUGUACAUUGUGAGAGAGUGAAGAUUUGUCGAUUGAAUAGUAGUUUCCCAAUUCUUUGCCAACUUGAUGCCGUUUCCUACUGGGUGUUAAAAAAAAAAGGCUGUUUGAAAUGGGGUGGAACGCCUACCUCAUGGUUCUGAAUAGAAUGCUGAUCUUUUGUAAGAAAACACUACCUGUAUCCAUCAACUACUUCCCGUGUCUUUCAUUAAAUUACAUUAAUUACUUCACUUUCAACCCCCAAAAAAUUAUAAUAUGCCAUCAGGUGGGUCAAUAAAACGACAACAGCGGCAUAAGCAAUAAUGUCCAUAUUUUACCCCCUUUUACCUACUCCUGGGAGUAGAUAAAAGUUGCCCCUAAAAACCUGGUCCCUGGUCCAGUUGGGAUUGAGAAGGAUAACUGACCCUAGAACUCUGGUUAAGGCCAACUUCCACCAAGUGUAUUAUUAAUCGGUUAACACCCUUGUUGUAAAAACCUGCACUUUCUUCCAACACCAAUACAGUAUUUGUAACUUCUGAUUUCUUUACAUUUCCAUUUUAUCCAAUUGAACGUUUUCACAUCUCUUUUUUUGGGGAGGCAGGGGAGUGGUCUGGCUCUGAUUGCCCCCUUGCAGGUGCCGUAGGGGAUUUCCUGAACUGACCACCAGUGAAACCUGUCUAUACUCGCAUGUACUGUCAUAAAGCAAGGAUACCUACUAACCCAUUGUUACUGACCGUGUCUAGUAAGUUGGCUAGCCUCAACUGUUGCAUUGCAUAUUUAAGAUGUGUAUAUUUUGUACAGAGAAUAAAAAUCACA